AUGGCGGGGCUGUCACUGAGAUGUGGUGACUGCGGGGCCCACUUGAAGAGCGUCGAGGAGGCCCAGGAGCACGCCGAGCUCACGCUGCACACCAACUUCUCCGAGUCCACCGAGGCCGUGCUCAAUCUCGUCUGCACCGUGUGCGGCAAGCCCUGCCGAACAAAGAUCGUAUGUGAAAUCUUUAAUCUCUCUCUCUCCGACAGCGUCGGCGUCCAUUUAGUUCUUGCCCCCCACAGAUCGGCCUCGGGGUGAAUUUAGUUAAUCCCAUGUUGUCUGGGUAAGGAAGUCGGGGAUAAUUUUCUGUCCCUGGUUCAUUGUUUUCUAUUUCUUGUGUCGAAGGAGAGCGAUCUGCAUACGAAAAGGACCGGGCAUUCUGAUUUCGUGGACAAAACGAUGGAGGAGGCAAAGUCCCUUGAAUUGAACGCAUCAGGCUAAAGUCGAUGGCCCUCAGGAGGAGAGCACUGCCUCGGAGAGCAGAAAUUCGGAAGGUAAAUCCUUAAAUUUUGUUCAGAAAUCUAUCCGAGUAUUUGAAUUAUGAUAUGAAGAACUAGGUAAAUGUUUUUUGCCGAUACUCUCAACUGAACUUUAUAGAUUUUCCCUUCUAAUCCUCGUCUUCUACUUUUGGUGUUAUUCCAUGCUUUUCUAUUGACCCUUUACUUUACUUCCAAUGAUUAACGUUUCAGUUUCUAUCAUAUCAUGUAUAUUAUUCUUGUCGAUAAAAGAAGUCAAGGCUUGUAGAGUCACAGGAGAGGAGAGCAAGUGGCUCUAGUAAUGAAGUGAAACAUAAUCUUAACGUCAGUCUGUUGAAUAAAUCACUGGGAAACGGAUAAAAUUGUAAUGCAUGGUAUGAGAGAAGUAAAGCAUAAGGUUUUGGGAUUAAGUAUAGAAUGCUUUUGAUGAUGUAUCUGGAGACAAAUUUAAAAUCAACGAAAAAAUUUAAUGUUAGCCGAUAUCACUGAAGGGUUUCACUUCAUAAAUAAAAAAAAUAUAACUCCACUAGUAUUGAUGUGGCAUUGAUGGAUGCUCUUUAUGAAAUAGCUGAUCGUCUGUUUAGAGAAAUAUUACACGGAUGUCAUUUUUCCCCCUCAAUAAAAUAUUUUUAUGUUUUGAAAAUAUGUUGAAUUUCAGCUGAAUUGACUGAAAGAGUAUAAUUUUUAUGAACUUUCUUUUCAAUUUAGAAAAAUAAAACGGAAGAAUCCUUGUCUGUUGCAUGAUUUAUUAUUUUGAAAUAUGAUGCGUCAGUACCAUUGUUUGAAUCAUAUCCUGGAUCUCGGUUGGUUGACUCUUUGUGCUUCAUUUCUUUUCAGAGAUGGUUGUUCCAGAGAUUGACAAGAAACUACUCGAGGAGCUAGAGUCCAUGGGCUUUCCAACUGCUCGUGCUACACGAGCUCUUCAUUUCUCUGGUGAGUUAUUGCCUCCAAAGAUUGAUGGGAUUACAAUGGUUCCUAGAUCUCUAAAUUUAAACUGGUCUUGAGAAAGAUUUUUUUUUUAAUGAGGGUUAGAAUAUAAACGCCUAACUUAUAUUUGAUACCAAUGAAGGUAGGCUCUUAAAACUAUAGUUGAUUCUACUUCGCAGGAUCUAUUUUUAUCUUGUAUGACUAUACGAGCAAAAUCAAGUACGUCUGUAAAAUUAAUAUAUGCAGAGGUGUAGGCAUUAGACUUUACUGUUUUUGCCGAUAGUUCAUUUCUUCUAAAGGCUUGGAAUGAAGAUCUGAUUUUCUUGUUGUGUUAGCAAUGAUUAGAAAAGGCUAUGCAUGGUGUAGUUAGUUCAUUGUAUUUUGGGUUUACCCUCUGCAUCUAACUCGUAGAAUCUGGGCUUGGGCUUUUGACGAGUCCUGAUUUAAAUGGAGAUCAGUUAAACCUGGCUGUCCUUUGUUUGAUUUAGGAAGGUUGUAGCAAUUGAAUGUAUAUAAGAAUGCUAAAAUCAAACUAGGGUAUAUUCGGGGAAACAUUAAAUUUUAUCCGAUAUAUUUCUGUUUAAAACUGGUCUGAUUGUCAGUACUUUAUUACUGAUUAUACAAUGUAGGGACAGUGCUAGCAGUCGAAAAAUGGUUUCUUCUUCUCACGUCUAACUGAUGGAUCCUCAGAUUUUUUCUGUCAUCUGGACUAAAGAUAAAUCAUUGACAGUGUGAUCCACUUGAAGCAUUGUUUCUGCGGAAAAUUUUGCCACUCAAUCAGUUCUAAGGCAAUAUUUUAUUUGUUUUCUUGUUUAGGUAAUGCCAGUCUUGAAUCUGCCAUUAACUUGGGUUGCUGAUCAUGAGAAUGAUGAAGAUAUUGACGAGAUGCCUUUGGUAACUUUCUCUCCCUUUUUUUUUUCAUUGAUGGUAUCAAUUGAGUCAUAUCUGCUUACAAGUUGUGCUGUUUGGUUUUCAUUGUUUGACACUCAGCUCUUUCAAAAAUACAAGUACUUAUAUUUUAAUUCAGUUAUAAUGUACCGGUAACUUUUGGUUAUCGUCAUCAGGAUAUUAUCAGUUAUAGGUUCGCUUAACUUCUACUUUAGGAAUUCUGUUUGCCCCUCAUUUGAACCAGAAAAUAAAUACCUCUUGUAAUCUGUUGCCCAGAAAGGCCCAUUUCAGCUUCUCAUCUAUAAUUUCGUUUUUGACCUUGGAGAAUUGACACAAUUGUGUUAUUCUUUCCAUACCUGCCUAAUCCGGUGGUCCACACCUUACAAUUAUUGCUUAAAUUCUCCAUCUUAUUGUUAAGCUCCAAGCAUAAUGUUUCGUUUCUUCUUGAAUGAAAUCCAGGUUAGAUUUAAUAAUCUUUUUUCUCCAUCAUUUGAUCAUCAUUCCUGUGUUGGAUUUUCUUCUGGACCACUCGUACCUCCCUCAUGGAAUAUACCUUCCUCUUGUUUUUUCUACUCCGGUUCAUCAAGAACUUGCCAAUCUUACCUUCUGUCCGUUCCGGCCCAAUGGGAUCGACUGCUUCCAUGUUUGUGUCAUGCCAACCCCUUUAGAGCAGAAAGAAACACAGUUUCAGGGUAUUUCCUAAUAUUUAUUAGAUCCUCUAGACUGUAUGAACUAGGUCAUGCAAUAUUUCAACUAAAAACCUUGGCUGUCCAUCAUGAUGAAGUUUGCAAAUCCUUUUAGAGGAAAAGGAAACCAAGGUUCAGACUUUUGACUCUUUCCAUAUUUCAUCCGCCACAUCAUUUAGGAUGAACAUGUUGCCUGACCAUGAAAUAAUUCUGUCAACAUAUCUUGAAAAUAAUAAUAGCGUUUUCUAUUAACUGGGAAUCUUCUUGGAAGCUUGAUAUGGGCAUGACUAUGUCAAUGUUUCUAGGCUCCCGCUCUUUUGUACAAGAUUAAAAUUUGAUUCUUUAGUUCCCUAGUUUAUAGUGUCUAAGCAGCUUAUAUCCUUUAGGUACCUGCAAAAACUAAUGCUGAGGUUGCCAAACGAUCCUUGACACCAGAGGAAGCUAAGAUAAAAGCACAAGAGCUAAGGUUUGACUUUACAUUGUAUCUCUGGCUUUAAGUACUAUGGGAUAACUUGCAUAUUUCAAUUGUAGGAUAUUUAUGAAAUUAGUGCUUUCUGUUUUAUAAAGGGUUGCUAUUGAAUGCCCAUAUCAUUUUAUUUUUCUAUGGAACGCUCAUUUUUAUUACUCACCUUUUAUCCUUUAUUUUAUGGUAAGUUACCAUUCAUUCUCUGUGUACCAAUAAAGAACAGGAAGGUUGUAGAAGCAUUGACUCUAAAGCAGUGUUUCGGUCUUCGGUCCCACAUUUUCUGUAUGCUGUAUUGUUCCUAGGGGUGGCCUAUCCACCUUGAGAAUGACUGAGAUGGCGAUUUUUUUUUCUCAUUUUUUGUUGAUUCAACCAAGUUUGGUAUUUUUAUUGUCAAGGUCUAUCCAUGCUUUACUUUAAAAUAUUUGAAAUGUUUUAUGUUCCUCAUUGGUUUUCAUUUAUAGCUCUUCUGAUAUCCAUAUCUUCGGAAUUCCGUUAAAAAAGUUGUCCAUUGUGGAUAGUUUGAUAAGCGACUAUCGUUCUAGUUUUAGUCAACUUUUUUUUAUUCUAUGCAUCGUUGUUUAUGUGAUUUAAGCAGCAAGCUGCUAGCAUAACGCAAGGAACCAAUUAUUUCGGAUUUUUCGAUUUUCGUCUUCAGAUAUUUGAUGGACUUACCUACUCUAUUUGUUAUCCUUUUCGUUUUGUCUGAAUUCUCCUAACUCUGACGUGAAUUUUAUUAAUAUGUAAUACUACUUGACAUAUUGGUUAAGUUCAUUUAUAUUUCCAGGGAGCGGGCACGCAAGAAAAAGGAAGAGGAGGAAAGGAGAAUGGAAAGAGAAAGAGAGAAGGUAUUAUAACACCUUUUUACAGUUCUUUCGUGUAGCACUAACUUUUUCAUUCUCCAGAAUAUUUGUGGGACAAAAUCUUUAAAAAGAUGGCACAUGAAUGAUCUCACUGACAGGAUGUGUAACUGUUAUGAUUCUCGUACCUGUUUUAUUUCAGUAUCCGGUGAUAAGAAUGGCAAGAGAGAUAACUUGAAUGAGAUCCGGUAGUGCCGUUUAGGUAUAAAUAGUGUCGUCUACCGUGUGGUGGUGGUUCAGAGUGCCUGAACUCUCAUUCCAAUUUGGGUAUAAAUUAUGAACAUCCUGGGAUUGCCCAUCAAAAUGUGUUUGCCAUUUUUUACCUUUCAUUGGGAUACAAAAUGGUGCCAGAUCUGAGAUGUAGUAAUAUGCAAUCCACAAGAAAAGAAAAAUCUCGAUCAAUUUCUGAAUCCGGAAGCAUCACAUGGAAUAAUUUUUGUCAUCAAAGAUUACGCGUACAGAAGUACUCGUACAUCUUAUCACAAUCUUAUAAAAAGUAGUCAUAGGAAAAUAGGGCCCAGUAUCUCUGGUCAGAAGAUGUGUGAGGUGCUUUGGGAAGAGAAGAAUUUGGCAGAAGUGCAUUAUUGAAGGAGGAAGGCGACUGGGAAAACAUUAGUUUCUACGUCCUUGUCAACAUUGAGGUUGUGGCUGUGACGGGAAAAGAUGGAGGCCAGGUUCCAUAUAAGAAUAGGGAGAUGGAGCGUGGUAACUCUGGAAAUUUGGGGGACAAACCCUGCAUCUGAUUCUGUACAUGUUCCAUUGAUGUCUACCGUUAUCACAGAAAAGGGCAGGAGAAUGUCCAGGUUUGAAUUAGCGUGGACUAAUACGACCAUAUGACCGCAAAGAUUAAGGCCUCCUAUAUCGGCUUUUUUGGAAGCUUAAAGUUUUCUUGUUAAGUUCUCAGCAACCGGUAGAUUCAGGCCGGAGGAGAAGAGAAAUAUUGCAAAUAAUGGAACUAUGGAAGGUGAGGAAGAAAAUAGAGAUUCUGUGAGAGAUUCCCUUAUAUCACUCUUCCCUUUAUGGGAGUAAGUGAUCCCGAAACGGGGGUGGGCCGUGGGUCCAUGAACGGGCCCAGUAGAGGGUUCAGAAGAUGGUCUGGGAGGGGACCUAACAGCAAAUCUUUUAUUUGUUUUUUUAUGAUAGUAAGACAGUAAAUUUACCAUAUCUGUUUCUUCCCGUUUAACCUCAUUGACCUUUAAAACUCCACGUUGCCUGUGUUUCUGUUGGCGACAGAAGGAAGCUUCGACUUUGAUUCUUAUCUUUUAUUAUCUGGUACUGAUAAAUUUUUGAAUGCAUGCGCAGUUUCUGGUGAUAUUGAGUUGAUGUUUACGGCAAUUCCUGAAUGAUAUCUGACUGCCUUUUUCUUAUGCAUCAUAGGAGAGAAUUCGUAUUGGAAAAGAACUUCUUGAAGCAAAAAGAAUUGAAGAAGAAAAUGAGAGGAAAAGGUCAGUGAAACUUGUUGUUCCACGGAGUAUGGUAACUGAAUAUAGCAGUGUUUCGAUAGCCGGGCCUCUACUCUGACUAGUCUCUGCCUUACUUGAAAUCAUCUAUUUUUUGUCCUUCAGAAUGUUGGCCUUGCGACAAGCCGAGAAGGACGAAGAGAAGAGAGCCAGGGAGAAAAUCCGUCAGAAGUUGGAGGAAGAUAAGGUCUUAAACUCUUGUCCCCUAUCUCUUUACAUUUUUUCACGGUGUCAGUAUUUGCCCAGUCACCGUCAAGAUAUGAAAAUCGUUAAUGCACUUAUCGUCUUUUGUUUUAAAAAAUUCCUGCUUUUUCUUCUGAACGAACUGAGAGAUGUGUCUGAGUGAGGCUCACUUCUGUUUUUUCAUCAAUAGAAUUUCUAAUUCAUAGAUUUUCCGCAUCUUGUGUAAUGAUGCAUUAUAUUUUUAUGCGUGUGUUCUUUAUUUAAAUCGAAGCAUUAUCAGUAAAAAGAAAUUUCUGAGCAUUGCGCAAACCAUUGGAAGUUUGGAAAAGGUCAACUAUGGGACUAUUUUCUGGUCUUCUUAGAAUUCCCAAAGCAUAACAAUCAUUUUCUUCCAGUCAACAAGAAAGUGCCACUUGGGUACUUAGUGAUCGAAGCUAAAGUGAGUGAAAACACGUCUUUAGUUAUCAGCAAGCUAAAUUUAUCAAAGUAAAACCGUAAAUUUUAUGGGAUCAUGAAAAGAAUGUUAGUUGAAUGGAUGCCCACUAUUUUGAUUGAAAAUAGACUGUAAUAGCACAUCAGAAUCUCAAAAUGGAGUAUUUUAGCAGAAAAUAUGUUUUUAACUCAAAUUUCUUGUGUGCACGUACUGUGCUCCUGUCAAUGUUAUCAACAUCCAACAUCUGGUGAAAACAUGGUUUACUGCUUAUCUUACUUUAUUUUGUAUUGGGGGGUUGGGAGGCGUGAGGAGUCCCAUUUGGCGAUCGAAGUAUGGCAUGGACAGGGGGUAUCACUCUCCAAUAGGUACGGAGAGAGAGGUAAGGAAGAGAAGGGAGUGGGGGUGCACGCAGGCAACAUUACAGUGGGAAACAAGGGGGGAGGGGAGAGAGAGAGAGAGAGAGAGAGAGAGAGAGAGAGACUUUGGGGCUUCCAGACCAGGCUAGCGGAACAUAGUUUCUGGCUCUGGCGUUAUCUUCAUGCUCAAACCAGAAAAAAAACUGAGCCAGUUCCUCAUGGUAUGGUUGAUCGUUGAUGGCUGAUAGUAUCUUGUUGAUUAUAUUUUUUAGGCCGAGAGAAGGCGUAAACUUGGCCUACCACCUGAAGAACCUGGAACUUCGAAACCUUCUGCACCCCCUAUGAGGGAAAGGAAGGUAAUGCCCUCAUUUCUUAAUGUCAAAGCCACAUACUCUACUCGGGACAUAACAGCUUAUUCCUCACUUCCACCCAUGAACUAGAGCGCACUGCCCAUCAAACCUGCAACAAAGACAGAGCACAUGAGGGACUGUUUGAGAUCGCUAAAGCAGGCCCACAAGGUAAUUUCCUCUCGGCUCAUUUGCUUUAACUAGAUUUCCUCAAUUGCCAUGGAAUAUAUCAUCAAGUACCGAAUACCUCAUCUCUGUCAUCCUGCGGCUGUGAGGUUGAAGGAUGCACAAAAUAAUGAGCAUUGCAGGGAUUUUCUUUAUCCAACUUUUUAAUAUUUUCUCCCUCAUUGGGUCCAUUUUGAGCUGAAAAAUAAUGCCGGAGCUGCAAGAGAUGCCACGUAAUAAUCUGGGCAGAGGAGGAUCUGUGAGACGAUCUCUCAUGAGUGGGCAUCUUGUUCAUGCCGAAGUCAUAACCUGGGCAGAAUAUUCUGAUCGGGUUGACCAGAUGGCAGUCGUCUUCUAUGAUGCAGAAACAUCUCAGCAUUCUAAUGGUCUUCUUCGUAUUUAUUUACUCACUUUGACUUCGGCAGGAUGAUGAUGCCAAGGUGAAGAGAGCAUUCCAAACGCUUCUCACCUACGUGGGCAACGUCGCCAAGAACCCUGAUGAGGAGAAAUUCAGGAGGAUUCGGAUGACGAAUGCAACGUUCCAGGUGAACAAUCUCACAGAGCUUCUUCAUCCAUAGCCGACACUGUUUGCUCCAGACCUUCCAUCCUCUAUUCCUUCUUGCAGGACAGGGUCGGCUGCAUGACUGGCGGCAUUGAAUUUCUUGAGGUCUGCGGGUUCGAGAAGGUCGAAGGAGACGAGUUCUUGACUCUGCCGAAGCAGAAGGUGGACAUGGCGGUGAUAAACUCAGCCGGCGCAGAGCUGACUUCUGCCAUCAACAAUCCCUUCUUCGGAGUUCUUUGA